UCAUAGACCUCAUCGUCUACAGGCUACAGCCGUUCCACUGAAGUCUCUAGAAGUCGAGCAAUAUCCAAUUUUUCCCUACAUAGCUUUCUCUCCCUUUUCUUGUUGGAUAGUCUCAAAUCACUCUCAAUCCUCACUACACUCUAUUCUCUUAGCCCAAGCUUCAACAAUGGCCUGCGAGUUGGCUGAGAAGGCAAAAGAAGCAAUCAUCGAUGAUGAUUUCGAACUGGCCGUGGAUUUAUAUUCCAAAGCCAUCAAAUUGGACCCCACCAACGCUGAUUACUUCGCCGACCGAGCUCAGGCCUAUAUUAAACUCAAUAACUUCACUGAGGCCGUUGCUGAUGCUAACAAGGCUAUUGAGUUGGCUUCUUCGAUUGCCAAGGCAUAUUUGCGUAAAGGUACUGCCUGUAUGAAGCUUGAAGAAUAUCAUACAGCCAAGAGAGCCCUUGAAAUCGGUGCAUCUUUGGCUCCAGAUGAUUCCAGAUUUACCAAGUUGAUCAAAGAAUGUGAUCUGCACAUAGCAGAGGAGUUUUAUGAUCAAAGGAAGUCCUUGGCACCAAAUGUUCCACUGAGUGCUACACCUGCAUCUGUUGGUUCCUGUAAGAAUGAAACAAUCUCUUCAGAAAAACCAAAAUACAGACAUGAAUACUACCAGAAGCCAGAGGAAGUGGUUUUAACAAUUUUUGCAAAGGGCAUUCCAGCAGAAAAUGUCACAGUUGAUUUUGGUGAACAAAUUCUCAGUGUUACCAUCAAUGUCCCUGGUGAAGAUACAUAUCAUUUUCAACCUCAAUUGUUUGGAAAAAUAUUACCUGAUAGGAGCAAAUAUCAAGUAUUGUCAACCAAGAUUGAAAUCCAUCUUGCAAAAGCUGAAGUUAUUAACUGGACAUCUCUUGAAUACUGCAAGGGAAUUAUAGUCCCGCAGAAAAUAAAUGUGUCAUCAGUUGGAUCUCGAAGGCCUUCAUAUCCAUCUUCAAAAUCAAGAGCAAAAGAUUGGGAUAAGUUGGAAGCCCAAGUGAAGAGCGAGGAAAGAGAUGAGAAGCUAGAUGGUGAUGCAGCUUUGAACAAGUUAUUCAGGGACAUUUACCAAAAUGCAGAUGACGACAUGAGAAGGGCUAUGACCAAAUCUUUUGUGGAGUCAAGCGGGACGGUACUUUCAACUGACUGGAAAGAAGUGGGUUCAAAGAAGGUAGAAGGUAGUGCUCCAGAGGGUAUGGUAAUGAACAAAUGGGAAUAUUGAUCUAGUGCACCAGUCUGAUUAUGUAAUGCCUGCAAUGUCAGAUUUUUGCUCUUCUAGGGUUGCUCUUCCUUUUUUUUUUUUCCGACAGUGUAGUUAUUUUCUAUCCUGCUGUAAAUUCACUACAUAAUCAAAGACACUUUCAUUUUUAUUGUAGGAAA